UACCGAUUCAACCACGAGUCACUUUACCAAGGAUAUCUGCACGUCCUGUUACUAGUACACCACCAACCGCUUCGACUUUGCCUAUAAAUAGUUCUAGUACAAAUACAAAUGGGAAUGUCCCAUCAUCGUCUACAAAUACAAAUGCAAGUGCUACAUCUUCUAUGCAAACGAAUGCAAGUAUCACAUCAUCUGCAAGCACUAGCGGUACAUCUUCUACAUCUUCUUCCACAAAUUUGAAUACUAGUACACCAAAAGUUCCACCACAAGCUACGCCGCAACUCACUGCGUUCAUGCAAACAGUACUUCAAUCUGUUAAUCCAACACAAAUAUUGGCCAUCCAAGAACAUUUACGCCAUCCCCAGGUGGCAGCUCACAUGUCUAUAGAGCAAAAGAACGCGUUGAUCAGUCAGUUAACGAUAAUCCAUCAGUUAUUAACAUCAACACAAUUAGCUCAACAGAAAUCUCAACAGCAAACAGUUCAUUCGCGAACACAAUCUCCUGCGAUGAGAGUUAGACAAGUUGUUAAGCACGAGGUUCUGUUGGAGUUUAAGGAAACUAAAAAUGAUAAAUGGUUGUUUCCAAAGGAUGCAAUCUUGGAAGCAUUGUCAAUGUCUGAACCCUAUGAUGUACUUGCUUCAUUUUAUCUUCCUCAAAACGAAGAUACAUCUGGAUCCAAACAGCAACAUCAGCCUGUCACGAUGCAUAUGACUAAUAUAACGCAACCGAUGUUGGAUGCAUUAAAAAAAGCAACGAAUGAUGUAACUACUGUCUUCAAAUCAAUGGCCGCAAAGGUGAACAAGCAACCUAAUCGUGUUUACUUACAAUACUGUUUACCCUGUGAUUAUCCGGAAGACUUACUAGAGGCAAUUGGACAAAAAGUUGCUAAAUUGGACGGAACCACGAUCGUCGAUAACAUAACUCCACCAAAGGAAAAGAAACAGCCUGCGACUAAAAAGCAAAAGCCUAGAAACGGUGAAGGUAGCAAAGCAGCGUCAAGAGCAUCAACUGCUCCAAAAAAGGCAAAAACAGUUCCUGAUGUUGCUUCUGUAACUCCUGUUCCAACUUCUGGAUCCAGCGGAGGUAACAAACGGUGUGCUUAUUGUUUUUGUAAGAGUACUCCUAUGUGGAGAAGAGGUCCGGAUGGUGCUG